UUACCGCCUAUGCCGUGCAAAUGUUUACCACACUGUCAAGUUGCUAUCAGACUCUCUAGGCAAAAUGUUAACAACAUAGUGAAAUUUGAAAUAUUUUGCGGCAACAAGCAACAGUUUCUAGAAUCUAUGUAUGAACACGAGUUUUUCGUUUUAUCGCUAAGUUUGCUCUGCUGCCAGUUUUGCGACUAAAUAUUAUACGCAUAUAAAAGCUGGAGUCCGAUUAGCGAAUUCAUACAGUUAACGAAACGAUUUGCAAACGAAAACUACCAUCAAAUCAAACGAUCCAGCAGCGAAAGUCCAGGAUGCAACGCUUCAUCAUCACAUUGGCUCUAUUUUGCAGCCUGAGUUCCGUUUGGGCUCUACGACCAGCCCAAGCACCAGCUGCUCCACCACCACCGGCCACGCUCGCACAGGACAUCGAGGAGUUGUAUCGUCUUAUACCAUCGAAACCGAUUAAUAAAUUGGUCAUCCGUUAUUUGCUCAACGAUGCACAAUUCCAGGCCGCCAUUCGUAUCAUUAACUCUCACGAUGCCUACAUGGUGCGUAUGCGUCUCUAUGCUCAACCGGAAAUCAUACAAUUCCAGUCAUGGGUACGCGCACAAUUGUUGUUGUCUGGCGGCGGUUCGUUGGAGUUUGAGGAGUCAGAGGAAAUAUUGAGUCUUUUCAGACCCACACCUUAUUGGUCCGUCUACGGUUGGCAAGGCUUCUUCAAUGAAUUCCUCGCAUACUUCCCACAUGAGAUGUUACGCGCUCAAAUCGAUGCUAAGGUGCUGGCGGGUGGCAGUCUCGCACAGUUUUGGGCUAAAUUGAAGGCUUUGGCACCGGUCUACGAACGCGUCUUGGCCUUCCCUGAAUCGAAGCGCAUCGUUGCACAACUCGAACAGCAUGGCGUGAAUUUCGAUCAAGUCGACCAAUUCAUUCGCUCCUUUUUUGAUUGGUAUCCAGUUGUCGUGAAUGGCACAGGUCCAGCUGUCAAUGCUGCUGGUGCACCGGCCAUACCAGCGGCUCCCAAUGCUGUUGUGGUUUAAUAAUUGUCGAUGCAAUUCAGCAGCUGACGAUAAUCGAAUAAUCGCCAAAGCAAAACUAUAUAUCGACAGCGAUUUAUUUCAUUAAUGAAUGAUAUUAACGGUUUAUUUACGUUGAAAACACAACGAAUAUUCUUGUGCGAGUAUUUUAUUUGUUUUACUGCAAUUAAAAAAUAAGUGCUCAUAAAUAAUGUGUUUCUAUGACAGUUUGGAUGAGAUUGAGAUGAGUGGGUAAUCGCUGACAAAUUAAAAAUAGUUAUUAAUUUACCUCGUAAUGACCUAGAGUAGCUUAUGUGAUUCGAAAUCUACGGUCGUUUGUCGAAAUACCACGAGUGCUUGCAUAUUUUUAACUUUCCGAGAAAUAAAUGCCUUUCCUUAUAUUGGAUAAUUUUACUAGAGGAAAAUACAAUAA